GUUUGUUUAUCGCUGCUACUAUCUUUGUACGCGAAAACAUUGUUUAUUUUGUAUUUCCAACCGCAAAGCCUCUCUUUGACUCUCAUUCGUACAUUAUCUCUCACAGAAUACGGUACCAUCAAAUCAGCUACCAGUAGCCACCAUACCUCGGACAACAUGUGUAACAUGGACGGUGAAUUAAUGUCUCUUGAGGAGGUUGGGAGAUUAAUGGAUGAGCAAGAGAUGAACAAUACCAUGGCAACAUCAGCUUCAACAGCCAUUUCUCCGAGUACCGUUGCUAUCACAGCUACGGCUACCACAUUUAAUAUUAUAUCAGAAGCUAGCAAUGAGAAGAUCUCUGGCGCCAUCUUAUUUAAAGAACCAAAUGAAAAUCAGCAAGCACCAUCUCUCUCAAAAACCACUCCCGAAGCAAAGAUGAAGAGAUCUGGUGUUCGAGCUAGACAGCACGAAGCUAAAUCGGCUCAGAAACUAUCAAAAAUCUCUGUUUGCAUCACAGAGAACCGAGAAGCUCACCAAAGCUACUCCAUGGAGAAAAUCCCAUGGACCGAUCAGCCAGAGAGCGGAUUCUCUACUUACUUUGACGAUGCCAGUCUUGCUAAGCAAGCCGUGUAUAUCUCCUUCGAUGAGUCUGAAGGCUCCGUUGCUGUCUCUCUCCCAGUCACUAGAAUGGAAAAUGCUGCGAAUUCCACUCCUAUCAAGCCAGUUACACCACAUUUGAGCACUCAGCAGCCAAGAGUCAAUUCCUUCGUUCCUACUACCCCAAGUAGAGAUAAACUCACUGGCUCUAGCCAUUUAUCAGGUCAACUAGACAAAUCUAGCUCGGUUGCUACCCGAAUUCCAGGAGGCCCUCGUGAGGUCAUCACGAUUAGCUUCCCUGAUAUCGAGGCUUUGUCCUCUGGAUUGAAGAAUUUGAAUGCGGCUAAGAAGGCCAGCGCUGGUGGUAUGGUAGUCUCAAUCAAUGGACCGAUUGGUGACAAUCAGGUAGAGGUUUCUGGGCCUGUUGGGUCUAAUAUUCGUGGUUUCGUUAGGAAAACUUGCCCUCGGUUAAGUGAGCAGCAGAUAAAAGCUGCAUUUAAGUGAAUGGGGGAAAUAUGGGCCAUCAGAUGUAAAUUAGAUAGACAAAAAAGCGCUA